AUGGCAUCUCAAGAUACCCACACUUUCAGAUUACCCAUUGACAUUCCAGCUCCUGUCACUGCUGCUAACUUUGCGGUUCGAGUUGAUGUCAAUGAAAUCGCCUACUUGCAUUGUGAUUGGGAGCGUGAUGCUGUUUUUCAUCAGUUCAACCUUAAUGAGCUGCUGUUGCAACGACAAGACAUUCCCUUAGCAACGAUUGAAGAAGAAACCGAGGAUGAGGACGAUUUGUCACCCGUUACACCGUGCAGUAAUCCAGAAUUUCUGUCACUUUCAUCGGCCGAAAUAAUUUGCCCGAUUUGUAUGGACACAUACGAUGAUCCUCGAACGCUUUCUUGUGGUCAUUCAAUAUGCAAUAACUGCGUUGAGCACAUGAAGGCUACAGAUGCUAUCGAAACGUUGGAGAAAGCUCGACAAUUGAGUCUUUCGAAUCUGAGAUGCGGUAGAUGUCGAACACAGUGUGAUGAAUGCGACAUGUGGAUUUGUCUGAAAUGUUGUCAGGAACGAGCUGUUCUCGAAACAUCAUUUCCAACGAAAACUGAGGAGCUUCCCGAUGGUGCGGAUGAGAAAGAUGAUGCAGCAACUGCACUGACGAAGAGAUAUUCAUUUUGUGCAUCGUGCAUUCUGAAGCAUCAUUCUAACCACAGAGUGGAUGAAUUGAGCACAUUCAGGUUACAUUCUUUUGUUGAACGUGAUGUGAUGCUUGAAAGUAUAACACUUCAAUGCUCAGAUUGUGAUAAAUCAACGUGA